AUGCAGUCCGAAUUCCACCAAUUCAUCAAUUUGCCAACUGAGCUAAGGCUCAUAAUCUGGAAAUAUGCCUUACGUCCAAUCAGCCCGACCCUCCCUGGUGCUCAUUUCUUCUCGGUGCCCAAUAAUGAUGAGGAUGGCGAGAUAAUAAAUGAGUUCAAGGUCCAAUGCCACCUGGGCCCUGAUUGCGAAGCCGAGCAUGACUAUCUAUCUCCCCUCACAGCACCGAAGUUUGGCAGCUGCCAUUCAUGGACCAGCAACAAUCCAUCUGCGUAUCUCUGGGAUUUUGGCAUGUGGAGUGCGUGCCAAGAGUCCAGAGAAAUUAUUGAAAAGUAUUACAAAAUGGAAUACUGGAAGAUGAGGAUCCAGCAAGAAAAAGUCCUCGGAAAGGCCGACAGCAGUCUUUGCAACGAUGUUGACGUCUGCAUUCCAUUCUUUUCUCCACGCAGAGAUGGAAAUUGGUGCUUCUCUAUUCAUCCAAACCGAGAUUUGGUUUGCCUUCAGCCCAUUAACGCAAAGCAUAUCCGUUUUUACAAAGACUAUGAACAUAUAAACGAUUUUUGCAUAGUUGGCUGGGAUAUGACGCUGCGUGGCUUUGCCAACCUGGCAUUCGAAUACGACUCCAGUUGGUACGAUGGCCUUGAUAAGAUUCAUAAUGCAUCUGAUCUCUUUGAAGAGAUGAGUCCCCGAGGCCUUUUUAUCCGCACCCUAGUUUCCAUGGACGACCGAGACUAUUGUGCCCCUAGAACUCUUUGGCUCAUCGACUACAGUCUGAAGCGAGAUAAAGAAAGGGAUGAUCAUUCCCCAUCGGAAGAGGGCAAAGUAUUUCACGGGAACGAUCGAAGAUUUGUUCAAGUUGACCUGUAUUCGCGCGACUAUUCGGACGCUUGGAGUUGUUCUGCGCUCGAGUUUGUACAAGACGUCGACCUGCUAUUCGAUGACAGACCCAAAUACUGUUGUCUAUACAGAUAUGUAUAUGACUCCGAUCGAUCCUAUGGAGGUGAUGGCGGACACUUCAUUAGUGACCAAGUUCGGGUCCUGGCAUGCGAGGAGGGUGCUUGA